AUGAAAUGCUCAAAAUGGAUUCGGUCACUUGGAGCAAGAGAGGAGAAGUUUUUCUCAAAGGAGGUGACCCAUAUUGUUACUACACGACCCAUCCCCAGCGAUCACGAUCUCAAGGAUGGAACCGACCUCACUACCCUAUCAUCUACGUCUACAAGUUCACAGACCACAACUCAGCCACGCACGAUAAACCCAUCUUUGUUGGACCGUCAAAACGAGUUUCGAGGACAGCCGUUGCAACGAAACAAGUUCACGUUUGAAGCGGCUACAAGCAAGAAGACAAGCUUCAAUGGCAUCAACGAUGCGGUCGAGCCACGAAAGGCCAACUCCAGUAACACGGAUGUAUUGCUAAAAGCAAAAGAGAUGGGAAUAAAGCUAUGGCAGUUGGAGAAGUUGUCCCGAGUGGUCAACUCGAUGUUCGAUGUCCCCAAUGAGACCCAGGUCCAAAUUGGCAACGCGGUGCGCUCGAAAGGAGUCAACGCUGCAGCCAGAGGCGAAAGGGAACCUGAUUUGUCUCGUAUGCUCCGAAACGAGCGGCUCAAUGGCCCAUCGGAUCGCGACCCCACUGUUGCGUUGAGCGAGGUCAUACCAUUUAAAGGCCCUUUCAUCUACAUUCGAGACAUCGAUGAGAGAACAAAGCCAAUUAUGGUAAGAGAUUACCCCAGGCCGACAACCCAGGAAGAAGGAGAAUGGCCUCAAUUCCGAUCGGCGCGUCAUGGAAGAUGCCCCUUUAUCGAAGACCAAAAUCGACAGGAAUUGGAGGUCGAAAACAGGGCGAGAGCUGGAGAGCAGGCACUUGCGAGAGCGGAGACUCGGACGGCUCCGCGCACUCGUGCUGCAACCAUUCGAGAGGACGCUGAUGCCGAUGCGGCAAUGGCUGCUUCCCUAAAGCGACCUCUUGAAGAAAAAAGGAAGAUACCAAACACUUUCAUUCCGCCGCCAGCAAGAAUGCCAAAAAUGCCGACUCACGACUUUUGCCCACCUCCCAUAGAGACCCGGAGCCCCACUAAGGCAGCAAGGGAUACGAUCUCCAAUGCUGGCCCCAGACUCUUCGGGGGCGAGCCGGCAGCUUCAGGUUUACAGCAAUCAAACAUCACUUCUGCAAUCCGUUCUCAAAUGAUCUCCUCCACUGCAGCUGCCCCCGGCGCGAAGGCUGGCACAAGCAAGGAGGUCCAUGGGCUGAAAAGAAAGGUCUUAGAAAAGAACACUAGACCGCCUCUUAAUAGUAUUCAGACACGGCAAAGAAACAUCGACCCGGCAGGUACAGCGCGAGCCGAGAAGAACAUUCCCAUGGCUAGACAGAAUCGGAGACAGGUCCCAGAAACUCUAAUACACAUCGACGAAGAAUCUACGCAAUCAGAAGAGGACGAGGAUGUUUGGUUGGCUGAGGAUCAACGGAGGAAAGAAAAGCAAAUGGGGAAGGCGAUGAAGGAGAAGGAGCUGAAAGGGAAGGACUUGAAAGAGGGAUAUUGUGAGAAUUGCCGCAAGAAGUAUGAUCACUUUGAUGAUCACAUUAUGUCAAAUCAGCACCGGAAAUUCGCUCUCACAGACGCCAAUUGGACAGAUCUCGACAAGCUUCUCGCCCAGUUGGGCCGACGUCUCAAGGAGCCAAAUUCCGACGGCUUUUGA